GACCGUACGAGACUUGGAUGAAUAUUUAACUCCCUUUUGGAAAUUCGAACUUCCCUAAAGCAAGAGCUGCAUGAUUGAUUACUACAUAUCCACGACUACACUUAAAAACAACAACUAGCAAACUAUUAUCCAUGUUCACAGCAGAUAUGAACUCACCCUCAAAACUCAGAAUGUUUUUCUACCCCCCUUUACGCUGGUCAAAUGAGGACAUAGAGAACCAAAAGAGUCAACAGGCCAGCACCCAAAGAUUUCAAGACCCUUCUUCUCAAAUGCACCACAGUACUGAUCAUUCAAGAGAACAAAAUUCUAGUCACAACGAUAGCAUCGAAAAUCGCGACACCCCUUCAUCGCACGCAAUCGAAGACCACGAUAUCCAAGAUCCCAAUACCCAAAGUCUUACGCAGAAUCCAACACAGAGUCUCACCAACACACCCACACGAAGACCUCUCAGCACCAGUAAUCCAGAAUUUCAAUUCUCUAUUCCCAGAAGUGUCGCACAAGAGAACAAUAACCCUAAAAGCCAUUCCGAAAAUAAAUAUUCUUUCUUCAUCCCCCCAAAACGCCACGAAGAUCGCAAAAUCGAUCUCGAGAGUCAGUAUCCCAGCAUUCAAGCCUCAGGGGAUCAUCCAAACCACUAUUUAGAAACCAGCUUCGCAAACCGAGAUUGCAAAGCCAGUGGUUCCCGCGGUCAACGCUCCAUUUCCGACCUCUUCGAACAUCAUGUAAAUAGAUCACAGUGCCUAUAUUCAAAUACUCAAGAUGCACAUCAGAAUGCAAACUCAGAGCCAACUUUCACGCCGACACAAAGAAUGCGGGGCAAACGUGAUCCAGAACAUGGAUUCCCGCGAGUCGAACUCCUGUUUCAUUCAUCGGAUCAUAAAAUUGAUGAUGUAGAAAGUCAGCGUUUCAAAGCCCCAGAAGCGCAUGCUCAUCCUAUCGAACUCGACUUCUCUAAAGUUAUACAGACGCUUCGAAGACCUAUAGAUUAUUUCAGAAGAAAUGUAGAGGGGACAAAGACGAUUUGGCAGUGUGUACCGAAUCAAGAUUUGGAGGAAGGCAUGUUGGGAUGUUAUGCUUGGAAUCAUGAGGAUAAAGAUGUUUGUGUUAGUUGUAGGAGGGAGAGAGUAAAGGGAGAGAGGUCGAGGUUGGUGGCGCUGAAGAGUGCGUUGGAUUUCGGGGGCUAGGAUAAUAGUUUGAAGAGAUACCUAUAGAGAUGAAAUGAAGGGUGAGCGUAAUAAUCGAUCAGGCAGUUGGUUUUUUGUUUAUUCUUGCCA